AUGGUACGUGACCUCUCGCCCCCUCCACCUCCACCUCCACCUCCACCUCCACCUCGCCCUCAUCUUGACAAACUCGUCGGCCUCGCCAUGCUCGUGGCCGCCUCCGUCAUAUUCACCUAUUACACCAUCUGGACUCUGCUCAUGCCCUUCGUCGACGACGACCACCCUCUCCAAAACUUCUUCCCGCCCCGCGUCUGGGCCAUACGCAUCCCCGUCAUCCUCAUCCUUCUCGGCUCCGCCGUCGUCGGCUCCUUCCUAUCCAUGGUCAUGAUCCGGAGCAACAGGAAGAAGGCCGCCAAGGCCAAGGCUGCCGCGAAGAAGAAGGCGUAA